CACCCGGGAGCGUGAAUGCCUGGAUCAACAGGGCACCAAAGAAAGGUUUAUUUUGUUGCGUUUCUGAGUGUACGUUCAGUUAGAGACUUGCUUGUGCGUGUGGUUUGACGUUGUUCUUAUAACUGUGAGAUAUACUACAGCAUGACGCAAGUGGAAGAUCAAGCAUUUGUUACCUUGGCCACUAAUGACACCUAUUGCCUUGGUGCUCUGGUUCUUGCUCACUCCUUGAGGAAAGUCGCUACAUCUAGAAAAUUAGUAGUUCUCAUUACUUCUGGGGUAACCACACACAUGAGGUCUCUGCUGGCUAGUGUUUUUGAUCUCAUUCAAGAAGUGAAUGUGAUGGACAGUAAAGAUGAAGAAAACCUGGCACUAUUAACUCGACCUGAACUAGGCAUUACAUUCACAAAACUUAAUUGCUGGAGGUUGACACAGUUUACAAAAUGUGUUUUCUUGGAUGCUGACACCUUGGUGCUACACAACUGUGAUGAACUGUUUGAUAAAAAAGAACUCUCAGCAACAGCAGAUGUGGGCUGGCCAGACUGUUUUAACUCUGGAGUGUUUGUAUUCCAUCCUUCAAAUGAAACUUACAAAGAUCUGGUAAAGUUUGCUGUUGAGCAGGGAAGUUUUGAUGGUGGUGACCAAGGUCUGCUUAAUAUGUUUUUUAGAGAUUGGAGCACAAAAGAUAUUUCUUUCCAUCUUUCAUUCAUUUACAACAUGAAUUCAAAUGCUAGUUAUACUUAUUUACCUGCAUACAAGCAGUUUGGCAAGGAUGUAAAAAUUGUUCACUUCUUAGGGUCAAUGAAACCAUGGCAAUACAGUUACAAUCCCUCCACAGGAGAUGUACAGUUUGGUAGUGAGUGCCAACAUGUCAAAGAACAUCUUCAGUAUUGGUGGCACCUUUUCAUUCAGUUUGUUCAUCCUCACUUGCAACCAGAAUGUACUGGACUUGCAGGUCAGCUGUCAAAAAUGUCAGUUUCCAGUGAUCAACAGGAAGAGGGAGCAGCUUCCCCAUAUGAGUUAGCUCUUGGUGGAUCUCAUGCUCGGCAGUUUGCGUGGGAAAGGGGUCAAAUUGAUUACCUGGGUACUGACUCAUUUGAAAAUAUCAAACAGAAACUUGACAAUGCCAUUAAUGGCUCACAAAAUUAAAAUACCAUGGUAACCAUGAGUGAGAAAUUCUGUGCCUUUAAUAGAAAACUGCAUUGUGAGGAGAGAAUGUGGGCUUCCCAUUUCCUUUUUGUAAGUUGGUCAUCUGUCAGUAUCACAAACUGGUUCAUAAGUAUGAAAACUUAACAUUAAUGUUGGGCAAGCCCAGCAAUUUUAAGUUUCCAUUAUUUUAAGGUUUAUUGGUUAUUUAGUAUUAAAACUUAAUUUUUUUUUUUGAAUUGAAAGCUUUCUAAAGACUCUGCUUUAGAGUAUACUGUAACAAGCUUAAUGCUUGAUUUUGAUAUUGGUACUUAAUUUAGAACUAGUCUAUGUGGUUUUUUUAAAUUAAGAUUUGUACAUCUUUUUCACUAAAUGUCACAAGUACUGAUCUUAUUUAUUGAAAACUUGUAUGCUCUCAACAUAAACAUUUAAUGUAUUAUGGUUAUUGUUAUUAAUAAACUGAAAUUCCUAGGACAUGUUCAAUAUUCAGUGAUAUUUUUGAAAUUUCAGCACUUAAGUUUGUACAUAGAACCUUGUUACUUUCCCUCUUUUUCAAUGGAAAACUCUAUUAAAAUCUAUUUUGUAGGCUACUUCCGGUUUUAAUUGUUUCUUCUUCAAACAUGUUUAUUGUUGAAACUAAUGUGAUUAUAGUAAAUUAGGAACAAACCAAACUAGUUAUGUGAAACUGACAUGGAGUGUAAGAGAAGUGUAAUAAAUGCUUGAAACAAAACUGA